AUGAUGGCACUUGGGGACGCUGACGAUGGCAUGUCUGAGCGCUUGCUGGGAGCAACUGACGACACGAAUAGCGCCACGUCCACUGCUCCUCUUUCCAGUGACUUUGAGCUCGUCUCUGAUCGUGAAACGCUCGUGUUCGAAGACGAUUUCUUCCGACAGCAGCGACGUGACAAGCGCAGCAGCUUCUUUCGAGCGUUUUUUAUGGAAAAGAUCCAGCCAGGGUCAGUAAAAGGCUCCAUGUUCACGAUGACAGUCGCGAUCGUAGGGGCUGGUGUGUUGGCACUUCCCUUUGCCGUGCAACAGACGGGACUGGUACUGGGUAUCUCGCUGAUUGUACUGGGGGCAAGUGCGACAAACUUUACGCUGAGGACGCUACUGGAGUGCUCGAACUUAGGUCAGGCACGGUCGUACAUGGACUUGGCAUCAGCUACAGGAGGACGCAGGCUGGCGGAAUUUACACAGCUAGUUGUGUGCAUAAACUUGUUUGGCACAUCGAUUGGCUACCUCGUAGGCAGUGCAGAACUGCUCCAGCUUGCUUUGCGAGCGGUUUUGGGCAGUACGAGCUCGAGCAUUUUUCUUGAUCGACAGACUUUGAUCUUGAUGCUCACGUGUUUUCUGGUCCUGCCGUUGUCGCUGUUACGAAGUCUGGAUUCGUUACGAUUUUCGUCGCUGUUUUCGAUUGUGUGUAUCACGUUCAUGGUGCUGGUGAUCGUGGUCAAGUACUUGCAGUUUGUGCACGAAGGGGUGGUCCCGACAAUGGCAUACCAGUUGACACACUUGGCGCUUUUCGACUGGCGCCUUAGCCACUUGCUGCGUGCGGUUCCACUUGUAGUGUUCUCGUUUACGUGCCACCCAAACGUGCUGCCUAUCUACUUGAUACUGAAGCGCCGGUCCAGCAAGAGGAUGUACAAGGUCAUGAACCGCAGUAUUGGAAUCGCGACGACUGUGUAUUCACUGUGUGGGUUCUUCGUCGUGCUCACAUUCGGCACGGCCACUAGGUCCAAUUUCCUUAAGAAUGACUACCGCGGUGACGGUGCCGUGACCACGGGGUGUAUCGGCUUUAGCAUCGCUCUCAUCCUCACUGUGCCGUUGUUCAUCCACACGUUGCGCGACAACAUCCGUGAAGCUAUGCUGGCGAACGCUCGACUAGAUCUGAUGCGCCACGUUGGUCUCUCACUAUUUCUAGUACUUGCCACGCUUCUUGUGGCUUUGUUCUCCGGUGACAUUGCAUCUGUUCUUGGCGUGCUCGGUGCUACGACCAACCCGGUGAUCUGCUUCGUGCUGCCGGCAUUUUUUGUCGUUCGACUGGGCGGCAAGCACCGUCGAUCCAGCCAAGUUAUUGCCGCGAUAAUGGCAUUCAUCAUGACUGUCGUGAGUGGGCUUAGUCUGCUCCAGCAGAUGAACAUCAUCGCUUAA